AUGAAGCAAGGCUCGUUUGCACCGCGUCCCCGUCACGACAGACGCGAAGCGCGCGUUUACGAGCGAAGAGAGCUGACUCACAAUCGAACAGCGACGCAUGCGAGCCAGCCAAGUCCUGAGAAAGUCUCAGCGUCGCGCAUAGGCGCUUCUGCUCGCGAUGGCUUCACAGGCGUUGUCCUCGUGAAGGUCAAUGCGGCGAUAAAGCGUUGGAGCAGCGCUUCCAUCGCUGGUCGACGCGGUUGCGAUGAAUUUACAUGUAGUACGUACAUUGCAGUUGUCAUCGAGGAGCGAGGCACGCACUGUGUGAUUCCAGUGACGAAGACCAGCAUCAUCUGCAGCGCCAGUGGCGACCGAAGGCAAUCCGACGACAAUGAUGAUCGCAACACGAGCUUUCUGGCGUUGCAUCCUCGCCUUUCACGCCUGGAAGUGUGGCAUGCGCAGCAAGAUCUGCUUUGCAAACCACAAAAAUCACACUAG